UUCACUUGAAGCGGGCUAGGGUUUUGAAGAUUACAAGGGAGAGUAAUGGCUCUUCCAGCAAGUUCUCGUGUAAACAAAUUCUCUCUGAAAUGGUGGUUUGAUGAAGAUACUGAGUCUGCUCAGUUUGAUGAAGAUACUGAGCCUAAAGAUACUGAGCCUGCUCAGUUUGAUGAAGAUACUGAGCGUGCUCAGUUUGAUCAAAUCAACCGUUGUCUACGUGAUGUGCUCAAGCGUGGGGUCGGAGAUCUUUAUCUGUGGAUGUUCUAUGUCUUCCGUGAAGCACUCCCAGUGUUUGAGAAGCUGUCUCAUUUAACUGUUAACCUCUCUAACUUCUGUUGGUCUUCUAUGCCAAUGCUGAUCAAGAAAGCUCCAAAUCUAAAGACUCUCAACAUCGACGGUCCCUUGCACUACGAGAGUUACUAUCGUUGUGCAGGAGAUAUUGUUUGCGAGUGCGUGUCAGAGUAUUCUUUCCUAGUUUCAUGUCCUUUGGAAGUCCUAAAGAUAACCGAGUACUAUGGUUGCUUUAGAGAAUUGAUGCAAAUGAAACAUUUCUUGGAGAAAUUGUCAUUUCUUGAGCUAGUGGAAGUUCAUUCUCAAGCAACUGGUGAAAGAAAGCUGAAACUCAUAGCAGAUCUUCAAAGGCUACCCAGAGCUUCGUCCAAGUGCAAAUUCGAGGUCGUUUCCUAGAUUUGCUUGAGACUUUUUGUUCGUUAAUUCAGCAAAAUUAGCUUAACAGAUAGUAAAGAAUGGGGAACCAUUCAGAUAUAAUUUGCUAGACGUUGGAAUGUUUAUUAAAGUUUUGAGCCAUAUAUUGCAAUUUUAUGACUGACAUGUUGAUUUUUUUUCUGUUCCAGCUGUUUGAUACCUGCAAUGAAGCAGACACAGUGUUUGAAAACAUGUCUCAUUUAGAUUUGCCAAGUGAAGCAGAUGGCUGCUGGGAUCCUCUAAAACUUUUUGUUAAGAAAUCUCCAAAUCUGAA